AUGGCCGUCACACCAUCCCAGGCAGUACUCUUCACCUGGAUUGCCGCGAUAGCCCCCUCGCUUUCGGACUGGGUGGCCGGCUUCGCUGCUGGGCGCUCCGCGCUGGCUGCCCCAGGCCGCGCGGCGGCCGUCGGCUGGGGUUCGGAGCCUCCGCUGUGGGACUGCUCCUGCUGGCACCUGCCCGUCGUCAUGCGGCUCGCGCCCGACGGUGCCGCGGCGAUCGAGGUCCUCUGGCCGUGCGUGGGAGGCCUCGCGUUCUCGGCCGACCUCGCUCUCGCCGGGCGCCUGGGGUUCGGGGUCCUCGAGGAGCUCUUCGUGUACUGGAGCCGCUGUGCUGCAUGGCCCGACUCGACGCAGCUCCGUGGGAUCCGCAGCGGAGCGAGACUGGCAGUGUACCCUCUGACGACGGGUCAGUCGUCGAGGUCUCUGCCGUACUACGUGGCGGAGGUUGUGCCGCUCGCAGUGUACCUGACGGACGACGUACUGCACGGGCUGACCGUGGAGGCCCGCAUCGAGGUGGCGUCCUUGCGGGAGUCUGAGCCCGAUCGCCACACGCCAGCAGGCCCGUCAUACUGCCUGUCGGUGGAUGGCCGCCAGCGCCCGCCCCGUCGCCGCCGUCCCCAGGGCGAGCAGGUGAGGCUCGCCGGCAAGGAAAGCAACCCACCUGUCGCCGACGCGGGCGCGGGAGCCGCCGAGUCACCUGGCGGCGCCGGGUACGCGGGCGGCAGCAUGCUGGCCGCCGACGGCGAGCGUCAUCGCUGGCUGGCCAGCAAGCCUGGUCGGAUCGGGGAGUUGGGAAUCCCUGUGCUGCACGCAUACGUCAUGAUCGGGCUGGGUGACCGCAGCGUCGCCGACAUCGACGGCGAGACGGUGCCGAUGCGGAGCGCUUCUGAGACCAACGUGGCCGACUACGCGACCCUGAAGACCUCGGCCUACGAGGUGGCGGUUCGCUACGUCGGCGGCGCGCCCAUCUACUUCGGGCGGCGUGUCGAGGUCGUGCCGAGCCGCGCGCCUUCCCACGGCGAUGGAGCCGAGCCGACCGCCCCUGCAGAUGCCGCCGAGCCGAGCGAUGUUCGCACUCUGUGGGUGGACACUGACGCCAUGAACGACCCGCUCAAGUCUUGGCGUAAUGAGGUCAUGGAGAGCUACCCCACGGUGUGGACCGACAGCCCUGUGGAGGCGCGGGUCUGCCCGAUGUUUAUCCCCAGCCACUCUGAUCGGCAUGGCGACAUCGUCAGGAGGUGCCUUGACCUCUGGUCUCGCUCGAAGAUUCUCUGGCCGCGCGAGCAGGUCAUACACGAGCCCUCCGUCCUCUACGAGGUCAUCUACGAGGGGGGCUCCUACGACCAGCUCAACAAGCCGUCGCUGUUCAUCUUCGAGUGCAUAGUGCGCCGCUUCCAGAGUAAUGUGGACGUGUACUCGGGUGACUCCUCUUGGCCGCAGUGGGCCAGCGCAGGGCUUCACUCCAGCGUGGGUUUUGCGGUGGUCAUGGUCGCGCCCGAGCUGGAGCACUACGUGGCCAUGACGGCCGUGGACGAGGCCGAGGUCGAGUCCAUGCGGGUGCAGGCCCGCAUCCUUUUGAUCUCUGCCGACGUCGCCGCUGCUGACGGUCCCCCUGCCGCUGGACGCAGUGCACCUGUCGCCGCCGUGGCGGGCCAGCCCUCCAAAGGCCGCGGGGUCUACGACACCGAGACGGCCUACGCUACCCUGGCACCCUACCAACGGGGCGCGGUUUCUCUUCCUUGUGACGUCUCGACGGCCCCGGCCGUGGGAACCUUGGUCACGGGGCGCGCCCUCGAGUAUCUGGUAGAGGCAGAGGAGCAGAUGAUCAGGACCGAUGCUGAGGUCCAGCUUGACCGUGAGACGAAUGGCGAAAUCAAGAUCUACACCGACCCCCUGCUCGCCAAUAGUCGCCGCCGGUACUCCACCUUCGUGAAGGAUCCGAAGCGGAAAGGCUUGGUGGGCUUCACCCGCGAUCCCAAGGAGUUCGUGGGUGUUUUCUUCGUCUGGAAGAAGGAGCGCGCCUCCAUGAGGAUGGUGCUCGACUGUCGCCGCUCCAAUCAACGUUUCGUGACCCCUCCUGGGGUCGAGCUGCUGUCGACCGAUGGGCUUGGUCGGAUCGAGUGCGACGCGGAGCAGACCGGCACGUUGCCCAUCUUCCUGGGCAAAGCUGACGUGAAGGAUUGCUUCCACCGCAUGAUGUUCGGCAACCACCUCUCCAAGUACUUCUGCUACCCGGGCGGCCUGGCCAAGGAGUUUGGCAUCGUCGGGCAGCUGGUGGAGGGGGUGCCCGCUCGCGCUGACGACUACCUCUGGCCGUGCGCCCUCGCGUUGCCCAUGGGCUGGACGUGGUCGCUCUAUUUCGCUCAGGUGGCCAACCUCGGCCUGGUGGAACGGGUCCCCGCGGCGGCGUCGAGUUGCGCGGCCACCGAUCGAGGGCCCCCCAUCGUGCUGUCUCCGACCUCCUCCUGGCACUACGUAUACGUCGACAACGUUGGGCUCAUGUCGCUCGAUGCCUCCUACGUCAAGGGGGCUCUGGCGGACGCCAUCGCGGCCUUCGACGCCGCGGGCCUCGUCAUGCAUGACAUCUCGGUGGACUCCGACACUGCCGAGGCGCUGGGAGUGACGCUCGAUGGGCGAGAGCUCGAAAUAUUGCUUGGCCACUGUGCAUUCGUGGGUUUGAUGUGCCGGGAGACCCUGUCCGUGUGGCACACCGUCUACGCCUUCAUCCGUGAGCGGUACUGGGCCAAGAGCGACAUGUGGGAGUCCGCACGUCAGGAGCUCGAGUGCUUCCUCGGGCUGAUGCCGCUCCUUCGGUCUGAGUGGGAUCGGCCGUGGCUCACGCAGGUACUGUCCGUGGACGCCAGCCCGUACGGCUGGGGGAUAGCCAGCUCCGAGUUCGGAAUGUCGAUGGUGAAAAAGCAGGGCAGGAUCUCACUCGCCUGGUGGCUGACGGACACGGACCCGGAGACGUCCUGCCUCAGCCUGCGGAUCCACCUCGGUCCGUCGACGUGCCGGCUCAAGUUCCCGAAUCGCUCGAGAACCCAGAUUCUUUUGCCUGCACCGUAUUCCACGAUUGCCAUGAUGCGGACCCGCGGCCUGGAGGCGCCGAGCCAAACCAUCGCUGGCCAGAGGAGCUGGCUCACGACGGUCGGAGCGCGUCCGAUGACGACUUCCUGUCCGCCUUCAGCGACCACGGGGCUAACGACGACGCCUACUUGGCUGCGACCGGAGACACUCUCGAUGCUGGAUACUGGGAAGGUGCCCCUAACCAGAGGGUCCCUGGUGACUCUGGCAGCCAAAAGGCCCGCCUGGGCUACAGCAGCAGUCACGGCCGCUGCCACCGCCGCGGCCGCCGACGUGGACAGCGAUGGCACUACUACGGCCGGCGAGAUGGAGAGGAGUCUCGACGGCAAGACACCCGCUCCCCUGCUGGUUCGGUGUGCCAUCGCGGUGGAGUUCGCGAGGCGGGACGAGCUUGUCAUGGGUGUCGCCGUGAUGAACGGAGUCGGCUGCUACCUCAGGCCAGAGCUCCUCAACCUUACCUCGGCCAACCUGGUGGCCCCGGGAUCGCUGGUGUCGCAGUACUGGAGCCUCCUUUUGCAUCCUUCAGAGAGGGAAAAGAGGAGCCAGGCCGGCGAUGCGGACGAUUCGCUGAUCAUCGUCUCGGCCCACAUGCUGCCGUGGGGUCACGACUUCCUCCAGGCCUUGAAGGAGAAGGGCGGCCGGCUGUGGUCCUUCGAUUGUCUCACCUUCUGGGCGAAGUUGAAGACUGUCGCCGUGAUGUUGGGCUUGUUGCACCUUGUACCGUGCCUGAUGAGACAUUCGUGGACGUGGAUAGAUCGCCUCAAGCCAGAUCGCAGCCAGGAGGAGAGUCAGAGGCUCGGAAGGUGGAAGCGCUGGAAGAGUCUCAUAUGCUACAAGAGCGCCCGCCUCGGAAGCUUCUGGAACGAGCUCGCUGCCGAGAUGCCAGCACACGACGGCACCUACAUGGCCGACCUGUUCUCUGGCUCAGGCAAGGUUGCUCGGGCGGUCACGCGGCUGGGGUUCUCAGCUAAGGCCUGGGACAUCAUCCACGGGCCCAACCAUGACCUCACAGACCCGGCGGUGCUCCGCCUACUGUUUUCGGACAUCCGUGACGGCAAGAUCUUCGCCGCCAUGAUCGCUCUCCCCUGCACCUCGCUGACCAUUGCUCGAGACAGCGCCCUGCGGGAGCAAGGCUGUCAGGGCGGCGUGCACCUCCAGGAUCUCUUGGCGUUGGUCUGGCCGCCUCUAGUGCCGCCCGACCGCCUCAAUUGCCCCCUCUACCUCGGGCAGUUUGUCUGCCUCCCUGGCGUGCCGUGGACAACGUCAUGCCCAGAGCUCCCGAGCCCAGUUCCAGGCCUCUCGAGCCCGUCGCUUCCGGAGCUGAACGGUCAGCUGUGCUACGUCCUCCGGCCCGCCGAUUCGGGCGGCCGCGUCGUCGCCCGCACGAGCGCUGGGGAGAAGUCGCUGAGGCCCGCGAACCUGUCGUGCGGGCUGGAGGCUUGCCUGCCGGGCCGCGCGAGGACACUCGGCGGCGCGCUCCUGGCCCUGGCGCUGGCCUCCCUCGCCGACGCCCUGCGAGGCGGCGGGGCGCUGGUGCCCAUCAGCAUGCUGGCGUGGCUGGCCUUCACGCUGGGCUUCGCGUGGUGGCUGCACCGGCCCAGCAAGGCGGCGGACGCCUGGCUGGUGUCCGUCUCCGAGCUGAGCAGCUGCCUGCCUGCGCGCACCGUGUAUCGGAUUGGCUUCGUCAUUGUGAGCCUGCACUUCGCCGUGUCCAUCCGGGUGUACGACAGCCUGCUGAUAGGGACGUUGGCACCGGCCCCGCUGCCCGGAGCGCCGCUCGGUGCCACCGGCGCCGCGGGCGGCGCCGGAGCGGGCGGCCCGGAGAGCGGGGCGCCGGGUAACGGCACCGAAGGAGGCGAGAACAUGCUGCUCGCGGCCGCCAGGCGGCUGCAGGAGCCGAAUGGCUCGGCCAGGGAAAGGAUGCAGCUGGAGGGCCCGUGGAGGAGCGUGAGGUGGGGCUACGUCGGCGCCGCGGGCCUGGCGGUCCAGGGCGCCGUGCCCUUCGACGGCAGCCUCUCGGUGCCGUCCGCCCUGCACCUGGCAGGCGUCGGCGCCUUCCUCUCCGGGGCCGGGCAGCACUGCCUGCUGUCCGCCUACGUGCUCGGCAGCAGCCGCGGGCGGCGGCUGCUCGAGGCGGCCCCGUGGCUCGAGUCGGUGCGGGAGUUGCGCUCGAAGGCGGGCCACUUCAAGAGCAUCGUGCGGGACAGCGGCAUGCUGAAGUCGAUGGUGGCCCUCGUUGGAAGGGGCAGUAUGCUGAGGGAUGAUGAUGGCGACGAUGACGACGACGAGGAGGAGGAGGAUGAGGAGGAACAUUCUUGCUAA